AUGUUAAGUUCCGCUUUAUAUCCAGUUUUACUCUUGAUUGCAGCUUCAAAUGCAUUCAUUUCAAACAUUCCUGAAAUUAACAAGUUAAGCACCUCAGGCAACGCUAAGAUUGUUGGUGCUGGUAUCAAGACACCACAAGACUUGUUGUAUUCCGGUGAUUAUGUUUGUGAUAAGUUUUCAUCAACUAUUCAAGGUUCUAACGACACUACUGAAUUCCCAAUUGACUUCAAUUUAUAUGUUGCUAACAACGCCAAGGCACCGGAAGAAAACUACACUGUUGAUUUGUAUUUCAAAAACCCAAAUCAUCAAUCUUUAAAUGACUUUGCUAUUUUAAAUGCUUCUGACUCAGAAACAGUCUUAGAACGUUACAACCCGCAAUUGAUUUCGAAACAACCAGGUUUCGGCGUUGAAUUCAAAUUCAACUUUGCUAAGGGUUUAUUAUGCCAGUUCUUAUAUCAAUUUACCGUCAUGUACCAAUUAGAAAGACAACAAGAUCACUCAAAGACUUCAGACAAGAUCUUCCUUGUCGGCUCAUGUCAAGAAAAUAAGCUUUACCACCCAGAUGCUUACAACGAUUUAGUUUCUCAAGGAUUUAGAUGCGUUGAAUACAACUCUGGAUUCAAGUAUGACGGAGGUAAGGACUGGUGUACCGAAUUUUACCCAUCCGACCAAUGCUGCAAAUCAUACCAGAAUGAUGAAUUAACAGAUAGAGAUACAUGUCCUACUAAUGGCUCAUCAUCUUCUGUUGGCUCUGCUUCAAGCACAGGAUUUGCUCCAACCACCUUCAGCACCAUAAGCACCCAAUCAUCUGGCCAAGCUUCAUCGGAAUCCUCUGUUGUUGGGGGUUCUCCAGGCCAAGCUGCCCCAGGCCAAGCGGGUCCAGGUCAAAACGGUCCAGGUCAAUCAGGACAGUUUCAAUCAUGA